GCGGGCCGGAGUCAGGCCGGGUGGGCGGUGGGCAGGCAGGGGACGCAGCCGGCAGAAGCUGGGUCCUGGGGCUACCAGGGCGGCAGCGGCCCGAGCCUCGCCUAGCCGCCGAACCGCGACCUGUGCAUGGACCCUGCACUCUGGUGCUGCUCUCUGGGGACUAGCGCAGCCCGUGCUCUCUGAGGCUUUGUCGCUUGCCUCCAGUUUCAUCCGCGGUCUGGAGCUGCGGGAGCCUCCCGGCUUGCCCUCCGCCCGCGGUCCUUCCUCCACCCCUAGCCAGGGCAGCGCGAGCCCGAGCGAAGAGCUGCGGAGCAUCUUUCGCCCGCCCCGGCCGCGUCACCGCCCAUGCUGCAGCCAGUCCGGGACGGCGACCCCGCGGCCCGAGCCCGCCGCUUGGUGACCUCAGCCUGGCCGCUGUGCGCCGCUCGAGUCGGCACGGCUGAGCCCCGGGCCCGGGAACGGGACCCGCACCUCGCGAUGGCUCGGCUGGCGCAGCGCGGCUACGGGCGUCGGUCGUCUGCCCGCUGAGACGCGCCCGCCUAGGCAUCGGCGGGGCCUUGGCGCGCCCAGCUUUCGCCUUCCCGCCGCGCCCUUCCCCCUUCGGGGGGCUCCGCAGCUGCUUUUCCCGGGGCGAGGAGACAGGGGGCCGAGACAAAGCCCAUUUUGUGCGGGGAGUUGGCCCCCGGCGUGGAAUGUGUGCGUCGGCGCGCGCCCCCUCCCCGCGCCCGGCCAGCUGCGAGUCUUGGACUGGUCGCGUGGGAGAAAUCGCGCCCCCUCGUUGCCCUCCGGCCCGGGGGUCUGGGCCCCAAGCUGAUGCGGCCUGGAGUUGAUUCAGUUCCCCCGCUCCGGAGCGUGCGCAGGUGCAAGCGUACUGUAUUUUAUAGAGGAAUUUGUUGUCUCCAAAUCUGGGAACUGGGGCGCCCAGUCGAUGUACCCGUGCCUUGACCCUUCCUGGUACCAGAGGUCCGAGCUGUCUGGCCUCAGUUUCCCUCUGAUUUUUCUCCUGUCAGCCCUGACUCCUGCGGUUCAUUGUUCUCCCUGUCAAAUGGGGGUGCUUUGUGAAGGCUGCCAAGUUGGGUUGUGUUCCUUUUAUUCCGUUUUUCGAACAGAACAAGGCCUUUAAGGCUAAUCACGGAUAACCACCUCUCCACCUCCCACUUCACGUGGAGGCACUGAUUUUUUUUUUCUUAUCAAGUAGUAUUUUAUUGUACAGGAGCCACGCCCUGGUUUCUUAAAGGAGCCUUGCACUCUGUUUGGCCAUGUGUUAUUUCUGCCGCUGGUGUGUGGGAGGUCUCCUGUGAACCACCUAUUUUUUCCAGCCUCCUCAUACCACCUCCCAACCCCGCCAAGGUUUUGGGGAUGCCAGGGGGGAAGAAGGUGGUCGGGGGUGGCAGCAGUGGUGGUGCCCCCACCGCCGCUGCGGCCCCCUCAGGGGUCAGGCGUUUGGAGACCAGCGACGGAGCCUCAGCCCAGAGAGAGGAUGAACCAGAGGAAGAGGGGGAAGAGGACCUGCGAGAUGGAGGCAUCCCGUUCUUUGUCAACCGGGGUGGGCUGCCUGUGGACGAGACCACCUGGGAAAGGAUGUGGAAGCACGUGGCCAAGAUCCACCCCGAUGGAGAGGAGGUGGCCCAGCGGAUCCGUGGAGCCACGGACCUGCCCAAGAUUCCCAUACCAAGUGUGCCUACGUUCCAGCCCUCUACACCCAUCCCUGAGCGCCUGGAAGCGGUGCAGCGCUACAUCCGGGAGCUGCAGUACAAUCACACAGGGACACAGUUCUUUGAAAUUAAGAAAAGCAGACCUCUGACAGGGCUGAUGGACUUGGCCAAGGAAAUGACCAAAGAGGCUCUGCCAAUCAAAUGCCUGGAAGCCGUGAUCCUAGGAAUUUACCUCACCAACAGCAUGCCCACCCUGGAACGCUUCCCCAUCAGCUUCAAGACCUACUUCUCAGGGAACUACUUCCGCCACAUUGUGCUGGGGGUGAACUUCGGGGGCCGUUACGGGGCCCUGGGCAUGAGCCGACGUGAGGACCUGAUGUACAAGCCGCCAGCCUUCCGCACGCUCAGCGAGCUCGUGCUGGACUACGAGGCUGCCUACAGCCGCUGCUGGCACGUGCUGAAGAAGGUGAAGCUGGGCCAGUGUGUGUCCCAUGACCCGCACAGCGUGGAGCAGAUCGAAUGGAAGCACUCCAUCCUAGACGUGGACAGGCUGGGCCGCGAGGACUUCCGCAAGGAGCUGGAGCGACACGCCCGCGACAUGAGGCUCAAGAUUGGCAAAGGGACCGGCCCUCCCUCCCCGACCAAGGACCGGAAGAAGGAUGUGUCCUCCCCGCAGAGGAGCCAGUGCAGCCCCCACCGGAGGGACAGCCGCAGCGAAAGGCGGCCCUCUGGUGAGAAGAAGCCUUUGGAGCCCAAAGCCAUGCCAGACCUCAAUGGGUACCAGAUCCGGGUGUGAGGCCUCGCCUCUGGGGGCCGCGAUCCACCCGCCACAGCCAGCCUCACUGGUGGGGAGGGGGGUUGGUGAUGGGACAGGGUGAGGGGGGAAGGAAGAGUGUGUCCCAGUUCAGCCACCCAAGCUGCUGCCCCUCCCGCUGGGCCAAGCCCCCUAGCUUUGGACUGAGAGGCAGUUAGUGUUUUAUUUGGAGUUUUUAACUCAGCAACUGAAGUUUAAGGUAUUUGGGAAAACCUUAAAUCUAACGGAUCUGCCAAUAGGUGGAAGGCCAGUGUUUAGGAGGUCUGAGUGCUAUGGGGCUGGCGAGGAGGGGUUGCUGGAUCUCCUGGUGCCCCUGCCCCUGACGUCCUCUGGCGCUUGGGCACAUCUUAUCUAUGGGAAACCUCUCAGCCCCACUAGGCCUGUGGCCGGACAGGGAUGGGAUGGGGGAGGGCUGGAGGUAUUUCUUCAGAAUCUUAAUCCAGGGAAAGGGAAGCAGGGUAGGAAUCAUCCUGGGCAAGGUCUGUGUGGCCCCUAUCAGGAGCUUGGCACAGGCCACAUGUGCUCCAAGAGCAGGAGCCCAUGGCCCAGGAGAGGCCUUAUGCCUGCAGCCCAACAGACAGUGCCAUGUGGGUGGUAGGAGAGCCCAGGAGAGAUCAAUGAGGGAAGUUCCCAGGCUCUAUUCUACUCAGCCUAGCUCUGCCUGCUGCUAAGCCAGGGCUCCCUGUGGAGAGACUGGACUUUGCCAAGGGCCCAGAAUGGCACUGGGCCCAGCAUAACUGUGGAGACCAAGCAGACCUGGGGGGUCCAGGAGCUGUGGCUGGGAUUAGAUGGGACACUCAGGCCUGGGUCUGUCCCUAGGGGUGGGCAGUACUGCUCCCCACCUCUUAGCACCUCAGUCCUUACUGGGGAAAUGAAGCCCAGACCGGGGUGCCUGUGCUAAGCCAAUGUCCCACAUUUAGCAGCCUGUUUAGGCUGAGGCCCAGGGAUGAUCAGGCCGGGUGCACGUGGCUUGUUAUGGAAGAACUGAGCAGCUGGAGUCUGCAUAGCCUGCCUGGUGGGCAGAUUUCCUGGUGUGCAGUUGAGAGAUUAAGGAGAGAGGAUGGUGGGGCUGGGAGAAAGUUCUGGAGGCUCAAGCAACAAGGAGGUAUAGGGGAGGGGUGCCCUGUGAACACUGAAGAGGUGCAGAGUCCAAGAAUGGGGGUGCAAGUGAGAAAAGGAUGUGGGGGAGUUUAGAGUCAGGCUUCCUUUAGAUGUGGGGGAUGAUGAGUCCCUAUUGCUGGAGGUAUUCAGACAAAGACAAGAUGGUUGCUUGUGAGGAAGCUGUACAGAGGAUUCAGGUUAUAGAAAGGCAGGUGGAUGAGAUGACCAUUAAGGUUUCUUUUUACUGAGAGGCUGUGAUUCGGUCAGGGGCAGCUGUCAGUAAGGCUACAGAGGGGCCGGAAGCCUGGCAAAGGGAGGAUCAGAACAAGAGUUGUAAGCUCAAAUGCCCACAGGGCUAGGCAGGUGAUUAAAAGGAGGGCUGCAGGGCUGGGUGGGGACUGUGGCCUACUAAAGAGGGCAUCUAUUAAAGCAGCCACUGCUGCUCAGCUAUUCUCAGAGUGCAGGCCCUGCACUGCCAGAUUGUCUGUUUCUGAAGGCCAGAACUCAGAAUUUUUAUGUGAAAUAUCCUGAUUUUUAAAUGUUGGCAAUCAGUUCAGAAAACUUAAAAAUCCAACAUGAAAGAAUGCCAGUUUGUAAUCUUUGAGAUAGAGUUUGCGCUGGGGAGAGGCUUAUUCAGAUGCCCUGAGGUGGAAAGUGUGAAAGUUCUAGCCUUCCCAGAGCAGGCUGGGCUUGGUAGGGUCCUCGCUGCUGCGGGUGCUCCAGAGUGGCAGCUGCCCCAUGUUCAUCCUCCUUACUCUUGCUGCAGACCACUCACCCAGAGACCCCUUGCUGUUGCCAUGUCACCAGAGGGGAGUGGAGUGGCACAGAAACUGCAAUUCUCAGUCUGCGAGGGAGAUGGAUGGUGUCUGGGAAGCAAAGAAAGAGGAAGGGAGGGAGCCAGGAUACCUUUGCUGAUGUGAGUGCCUGCCGGAGAAGACCCUGGGGUGGGCAGCUCUUCAAACCAGCAGCUUUUGGCCCAGAGCCAGGCCCAGCAGGCAGGCCAGCUGGUCAGUCCCCUGGGAUGCUCGUGGACCACCAGGUCCUAAGGAAGUGCCUAACCUGUCCCCAGGGCUGCAAGACCAAUCCAGGGGCCAUUGUGACCCCUGACUCACCAUGCCAUCCCAUCCCAGUUUUCAGGGAGUGGUGUGGUGGUCCCCAUGUUCCCACAUUUGCCUGAGGCAGAGACAAGGUGAGGCCAAAAACAAGGUCUUUUCUGGGUCUGGGUGUGGGUAUCUCCUGCAGGCCCCUCAUCAGCAGGCAAUGGCCCAGGCCCCUGGGGACCACAAGGCUCGAGGCGAAAGAGAUGUGAGAGGGAUCUGGGAGCCAGGGUCCCAGGAGAAAUGAGUUACUGCUGGUGCAGGAGCCGAAGGAUGCUCUGACCCACAGCUCUUUCCCCGGAGCCCUCUGGGGAGAAGGAAUUAGAAUGAUGCCCCACCCCCACUGCUGUCUGUGAGGGAGGGCACUGACCACCCAAGCUGAUAAUCCCCUAGCACUCCCCUUCCCAGCUAAGACUUCGGGCCUGUGGAGACCACCACAGGCUACAGGUGCUUUUGAAUUUAUUUUUAACUGUUUCUCAUGUAGCAACCCUGCCUCCCUGUCCUGGGCGCAUUUACACAGGCUCUGCUCCCUGGCUCUGGCCUGGCUGCAGUCCCUGGGAAAGCAGAGGCUGGGACUUUGGGGCCUUAAUCACCACCUUUGGCAUCACCACAUCUCACUUCCUGUGAGGGGCAGCGCCUGGCUCCUCUGGGCUCAGCACUACCUUCCGGCAGUCUGUAUGGGCACCUCUGCCCCCAGGGUGGGGGCUGCUGGCUGGAGGGCUCAGGUGAGGUCAGAGAAAGCUACUUGACAAAGGACGGUCGGGCUGGGGGGUGACUGCUCCCCAAAGCCUGGCUUCUUGUACUCAGUGCCAGGUCAGAACACUGGGACCUAACUGCCAGUCCUCUUCCUCCCAGGGCCUUGACACAUAGUCAUGUCCCCUCACCCAUCACACCAGCCACCCCAUCCUGCCUGGGCAUGGCCAAGUCGGAGAGCAGCAGCUCCCAGCCUGGGAGCAGUGAUGAAGCCUGGGGCCAUGGUUCUGAAGAGCAGGUAGAGCGCAGAGAGUGGCCAUGUCUGGUAUCUGCUCCUCUGUCCUCUCACACCCCACUCCUUCCAGCUUGGACUUGACCUCCUCGUUCUGAGAUGGGGUCUAAUUCUGGACAACAGCAUGCCCAGAAGCCCAUGUGCCCCUGGGUCUCCUGCCUGGAUUGUUUCCUGGCUUAGUUGCAGCAGUAUCUCCAGGCCCACCCUCUGGCCUCAGAGUGCAGGGAGGUGUGGGAUGGGCCCUGCAUAGAGGCUGCGUUGUGUGCCAGAGCUCGACUGUGUUGAAAUCUCCACUGCCCUAUUCCCACUGAGAAGCCAGUGUGAAGGGCAGGAAGCUGCUCUGGAGUGCGGGGUGGGAGCAGAGAGGUCUGCCCCAGCCAGGCAGGGCUGCUGUGGUGCUAGCUGCAAGUCUAUCAGUAUUGACUCCUUGCCUCGUCUGGGUGCUCUGGAGUCCCAGGUUUCCCUUCUUCAAGUCUGACAAGAGAAGAAGCCAGGUGUGCUUGGCCCUGGGGACCUGAUGAUGGUGGGCCACCCCUUCCCUUAGCUUUGUGUUGGGUUGCCAUCCUUCUAGCCUCUGUUCUUCUCAUAUUAGUAUUGGCUCCCCUUUCACCUGUAUACUUUGUCUCAUUCCUAUUUUCACUUUCUCCCUGAAAUGAAUAAAGUCUCCCCAGCUCUGCAGCAUGGGCUGGGUGGAAAUUACAUGUGUUUGAGCCU